GUGGGUGAGACGUCGAGGUAUAUAUGAGUGGUUCCUGAUCGCCUGAUGUGGUUGAAGCUGUAUUCUCCUUUGAAGUUAUUUCUAGAAUCAGUUUGUUUUUUUGAGAUACCAUACGAUACCCUGUUGUUUAUCACGUCUAGCAAGACAUAACAUUUACACAAGACUUUUGUUUUCGUUUAUUACCAAUAUCACCUCCUAAAAUGUCGGACCUCCCCAAGACCAUGAAGGCUCUGCAAUACUCCAAGCCCAAGGAGUUUGCAGUGGUCGAUGUUCCCCUGCCUGAGCUCAGAGACGAUGACGUUUUGGUCAAGGUCAAGGCGUGUGGUGUCUGUGGAACCGACUUGCACAUUCACGAGGGAGAGUUCAUUGCCAAGUUUCCCCUUAUCCCAGGACACGAGACCGUUGGUGUGGUCGCUGCUGUAGGGAAGGAUGUGAAGGAGUUCAAGGUUGGCGACCGCGUCGCUGCGGACAAUGCCGAGCUUUGCGGUCACUGCUUCUACUGCCGACGAGGCGAGUCUUUGCUCUGUGAGAACUGGGCCGGCCACGGCACGACACUGAGCGGUGGUUUUGCCGAAUACUGCGCGUACCCGCAGGGCAAGGUGUUCAAGUUCAACAACAUGACAGACGUCGAGGCGACGCUGAUCGAGCCGGCAUCGUGCGCAUGCCACGGCCUGGAUAAGAUCAAGCCCAGGCUGGGGUCUAGCGUGCUCAUGUUCGGCGCGGGACCCACGGGCCUCAUGCUGGCCCAGCUGCUGCGCCAGAAUGGGUGCAGCCAGGUGACGAUCGCGGCCCCGGCCGGUCUCAAGAUGGACCUGGCGCGCAGCCUGGACGCGGCCGACACGUACGUGGACCUGUCGCGUGAGGACAGCGGGCCUCAGCUGGAGCAGCUCAAGAAGGACAACCCGUACGGGUUCGACAUCGUCAUCGAGGCGACCGGGUCGGUCAAGAUCCUCGAGGACUCCAUCAACUACUGCCGCAGAGGUGGCACGCUGGUGGUGUAUGGCGUCUACGGCGACCAGGACAAGGUGUCGUGGAAGCCGACAAAAAUCUUUGGCGACGAGAUCCGCAUCAUCGGUUCGUUCAGCGAGGUCUUCAUGUUCCCCCAGACCAUCGACUACCUCGACAACGGCAAGGUCAAGACCAAGGGAAUUGUCAACAAGACGUUCAAGCUGGAGCAGUUUGGGGAGGCGCUGGAGAGCAUCAAAAAUAAGAGUGCAAUCAAGGCGGCGAUUGUGUUUGACUGAAGGGGGUUGGAGGGUGGGGAGAAGCUGAUAGUGUGCUUUUGCGAGCUUGUGCUAGAAAAGAAAAGUCGAGCAAGAAGAAAAAAAAUAAGAAAAUUUUGACCUUAAUUAAAGCUUGAAGUGAUCUUCAUGUGGACGAGAACUUGCCAACGUACAGUCCUGAUCUCCC